AUGAUACCUGCUCCAAAGUUUCUCAACGUUCAUGAACGUAUUCCAGCAGAGAGAGCGGAUCCAUCUGUUCUUGGAAGAGAAAUAGUGUUCAGCAAUGGUCGUAAGGCGAAAAAUUGCUUCCUUAAGAGUGCAAUGUCGGAUGGACUGAGCACAUGGGAUCCAGAAGAUCUUUCUAAAAGAGGCAUACCGACACAAGAAUUGAUCAACGUCUACGAUAAAUGGGGACAUGGAGGAUUCGGUGUCAUUGUAGUUGGAAAUAUAAUGGUUGAUCCGCGCAAUCUAGAACGCGCAGGGAACGCGAUUAUCUGCAGGGAAAACGAUUCGCCUACGUUGAGACAGGCAUAUUCGAGGCUUUCAGCGGCCGCCAAAACGGAUGGAGCCCUUGUCAUUGCGCAGCUUUCGCACGCGGGACGACAAACACCUAUUGCUAUCAAUGAACAUCCUUAUUCAUGUUCCGAAGUGCAAUCGAAUAGCUUCGUGAAAUGUGCAAAACCAAUACCUUUUGCAUUAGAUCAAAUCAAAACAGAAGUUAUUGACAGAUUUGUUUAUGCAGCCAAAUUCGCACACGAUACAGGGUUCGAUGGAGUAGAACUUCAUGCUGCUCAUGGUCACCUGCUGUCGCAGUUCAUAUCUCCUAUAACAAACAAACGCACGGACAAAUAUGGCGGGCCUCUGAAGAACAGAGUGAGCAUCAUUGGAGAAAUAAUUAGAGCAAUCAGGAAAGAAACUCCAAAUAAUUUCAUUGUGGGAAUCAAGAAAAAUUCAGUGGAUUUCCAACCAAAUGGUGUUAACAAUGACGAAGUUAAAGUUGCUUGUUCAAUUUUAGAGAGUUGUGGUUUUGAAUUCGUUGAGCUAUCGUACGGAACUUUGGAAAAACCAGCAUGGUUUCACGAACAUGAGCCAACGAGAGGAAGUGGAUUCCGUACAGUUGCUGCAAUGGUAAAAGCAGUAAAUAGUGGAGCUACUAAUGGCAUUGGAUUGGCCAGACCUGCUACAGCAGAACCGGAUCUCCCCUUAAAAAUCCUCGCCGGUUGUUGUCUUUCUGCUGCCGACACCAAAGUGAAUCCAGAAGACUUUACGAUGACGUUUUUGGUCAGUACGGCACAAAUGGGACAAAUGGGAAAGCUACCGACUUCUAAACUGACAAACGUUUGUGAAGGAAUCGCCGACCUCAGUAUCCCAGACGAAGCUCACAAUUUUAAGAAACUUGCGGCGGAUUACCUUCUUGACAUCGCGAAGCUCAAUAACACCAACAAACCAGUUGUUGGAAAUCUUCAGUACAGAAAUCUGUUCUGA